GGUGUCAAUCUGUGCGUGUCAUCGGCCAACGACCUCGUCGAACUAAUUACGUCCAAUCUACACAUCCACGAUGAUAUCCUUCCUCCAUUCUGGCACAAUGUUUUCUGUAUGUGCUCCCAUAUCACCCAUUAAAUGCCGGUUACUGACCUAUCACCUCACCUAGACAUGCAUAGCUGUGCAAUUGUCUUUCUUAUCUGUCACCUUUGCUGCCUCAGCCGCAUCAAGGAUGAGAAUAUCCUUACUACCGGCUGGAAUAAAUGUUUAAGCUUCUUCCGCUCCUAUCGAUCACAGAGUCGGUCUGCCAAAAGGUGUCUUCGAAUCAUGGAAGCCGUUCGGGGGGACCCUUUCCCUCCCCAAAAGUAUACUCAUCCUGUCAACCUUCGUGACAGCUCGUCCAGUCAGUGCCAAAAUGUAUUGUUACAACACGAGAUGGAGUAUCCACGACACUUCUUUGAACCAGCCAUGCCCGGCGAUCAAACGACAAGUUGGAUAAGUGAUCCUGUUGAAAUCAAUUGGCUCUCGAUAUUCCCUUUUGUACAGGGCCUAGAUGAUGGGAAUUCAGGGUUGGGCGAAAUUGGCCUCGAAACGGACGCGAUGCCAGAGCGCCAUUGAUUUCUAAGAAUACCCCUACACAUAGUUGUAGUGUUAUAUACCCUUGUACUAUCAUGAGAUAAUACCCUCAUGGCCAGUGACAUACCCCUCCACCACCUUAUUGUCCUAAUCUGACGAAAUAACGGAAUUAUGAAUUACAAUCUUCUAUUGUGCGUUUGGAAAGCUUUGACAUUGGAACGAGAGAUCAAA